AAGUACAGGGGAGAGUGUCAGUUCCAGAGCAGUAGCUGUUACCGAAAACAGAGCUCAACGCCACGACACACCACCAUUAACCUUAACACAGAGAGAGAGAGAGUGAGUGAGAAGGCCUCCGUCGCCAUCACCCAUCAGAUCCACUGCUCAGAUUCACAUUCACUCCCAUUCCUCCACCCGGCUUCCCCUAUGAACAUCCCCUCCCCUCUGAAAUUCCAUUUCAAUUUCACCCUCUCUCGCUCUAUCCCUGUCUCUGUGUCUGUCUCUGUACAAUGAGGUAGCGCACGUUCCUGUGUAACGGUCACUGAGCCGUUGUGGGCACUGACUAUGAUGAGUUCCAAGUGAUCCUAACCCGGAGCUCCGGCGGAGAAGAUGUUCCGGCCGGCGAGAUGGAGGACCGACAAGAGCAAGAUCAAGGCCGUCUUCAAGCUCCAGUUCCACGCGACCCAGGUUUCAUUGUUAGGAGUAGAUGCUUUGACGUUGUCUGUAGUUGCCGGUGAUACCGGAAAACCGACGGUGAGACUAGAGAAGGCUGUGAUCGGAGAUGGAGGCUGCAGAUGGGAAAGUCCUGUUUAUGAAACAGUGAAGUUCAGCCGAGACCCCAAAACCGGGAAACUUCACGAAAGAGUCUACCAUUUUAUCUUGUCUACGGGAACCGGCAAAUCUGGUUUUGUUGGUGAGGUCUCGGUCGAUUUUGCUGAGUACUCAGAAGCAACCAAGGCAUCCUCUGUCUCCCUCCCGAUAAAGAACUCGAACGCCAAAGCAGCAUUGUUACAUGUUUCGAUUCAAAGGCAGCCGGAUACUGUUGAUCAGAGAGAGGUUGAAGAGAAUGAAGGUGCGAAAAAUAAAGUUCGUGAUCGGAGUUUGAGGUCCCAGUUUAACAACAGCGACAGAGAAGAAAUCAUAGACGGCACUUCCACUGAAGAUGUGCCGGCACUUAAUCAGACCAUUCGCAAUGUGGUAGAAAAUGGUAAUUUUAGCACAUCCAGUGGGUCCGACCACACGACUAGUUCAGAGAGCAGUUCGGGACUGAACACACCGCGAGAAAAUACAGCAAGAAGCAAUAAUAUAAUUCAGAGAGAGCCGAAUGGCAUCUUCUCAUCUCUGAGCUCGGUAAACUUGCACCAUGAACCGGUUACAGAAGGAGCAAUAGUGGUAUAUGAAGGGUAUCCAAAAUCGCAGUUGGAGCAUUCGCACAGUUUCAGUCAAGAUAGUGAAGUGUCUGAGGAGGCAGGUCCAGGUACCGAGCUUGAUCGGCUGAGGUCCAAGUUGUCUUCUCUGGCGAGACAGGCAGAUUUGUCGGACUUGGAGUUGCAGACUCUCCGAAAGCAGAUUGUGAAGGAGAGCAAGCGGGCCCAGGAGCUCUCUAGAGAAGUCAUCACCCUGAAGGAGGAGAGGGACUCCUUAAAGGGAGAAAACAGGAACCUCAGGGCUAUCAAUGAGCGGUUUGAGGCGACAAAGACGAAGAAGAGCAAAUUACAGUAUGACGGUAGAGAUAUACAGGAACUUUUCGAAGAACUGAACUACGAGAAGAGCCUCAAUUCUGACUUGAGGUUGCAGCUUCAGAAGACGCAGGAAUCGAACACUGAGCUGAUCCUUGCUGUGAGAGACCUUGAAGAGAUGUUAGAGAAGAAGGAUAUGGAAAUUUCCAAUCUUGGUGGGAAAUUAGGAACAUCGGACGAGGAGGAUGAAGAGCAGAAGGCAUUGGAGGCGAUUGUUAGAGGGCAGAAGGACGCCAAGGAGACUUACCUUCUCGAGCAGAAGAUUUUGGAUCUCCAUGGCGAAGUUGAGAUCUAUCGAAGAGAUAGAGAUGAGCUAGAGAUUCAGAUGGAGCAGCUUGCUUUAGACUACGAGAUUCUGAAGCAGAAGCAUCAUGAGAUCUCGUAUAAAUGGGAGCAGAGUCAGCUCCAGGAACAGUUAAAACUUCAGUAUGAGUGCUGUUCUUUCGGGAAUGAGAAAGAGUGGGAGAGCAAGGUUGCGAGAUUGGAGAGCGAACUUCAGAUGAGAUCGGAGGAAUUUACUGAAUCCUUGGCCACGAUAAUCCAGCUCGAGAGCAAGAUCAAGGUCUUGGAGAGUGAACUUCAGACAAGAUCAGAGGAAUUCACUGGAUCUUUAGCCGCAUUAAGCGAGCUCAAGAGCAAGAUUCAGAGGUUGGAGGGCGAACUUCAGACAAAGUCAGAUGAAUUCACUGAUUCUUUGGCCACUAUAAGCGAGCUCGAGAGCAAUGUCAGGAGAUUGGAAGGCGAACUUAAGAUGAAAUCAGAAGAACUCUCUGAUUCUUUGGCCAGUAGAAGUGAGCUUGAGAGCAAGGUUGAGAGAUUGGAGGGAGAAGUUAAGAAGAGGUCAGAGGAGUCCUCUGAUUCUUUGGCCACUAUAAGCGAGCUCGAAAGCAAGAUCGAGAGAUUAGAGGGCGAAGAUAAAAAGAUGUCAGAGGAACUGUCCACUUCUUUGGCCACUAUAAGUGAGCUCGAGACCCAAGUGAAAGAUUUGGAGGAAGAAAUGGAGAGUCGGGCCCAGGAAUUUGAAAAUGACUUGAGAGAUGUAACUCGUGCUAAAGUCAAGCAGGAGAAGAGAGCGAUUUCUGCAGAGGAAGCCCUUCAGAAAAUGAGGUGGAAAAACUUCGAAACCGCUGACAGGCUUCAGGAACAGUUUACAAAGCUUUCUGCACAAAUGGCCUCAAACUUCGAAUCGAACGAGAGAGUGGCUAUCAAGGCAGUGCGAGAAGCUGCCGAGUUGCGAAAAGCUAAUGAGAAGCUGCAGUUAAUGAAUAAUGAAUAUGGAAUCAAAGUAGAGGAACUAUCUCGUGAAAUACAAGAGAAGUCGAAGCAGCUCGAAGUUGAGAUCAUGAGGCUGGGUACAGAGUAUGAUGUGCUUUCUGCACGAGCAGGAGAGGCUGAGUUGGCAGUAGAAAAAGGGAAUGCUGAGAGAAGCAAACUUGUGAGUUCCAUAGCUUUGUUGAAAAAGGAGUUGGAGGAAAAGAAUGUAAAGGUUGGGGCUCUAGAGUCGGAGCUGGAAACGUUGAAGAUUCAGUGUGAUGAGUUGAAGGGUGCUGUACUUGAAGAUGAGGCUGAGAAGGAAAGUUUGAGGAAGGAGGUUUUGGAGGUGGCGGAAGAACUGAAGAAGAAGGAAAGUGCGCUCUUGAUUAUCGAGAAGAAACUCGAGGAAGGCUAUCUGCAAAACAAUAAAUGCUCGCUUGUUGAAUGCAGCGGCAAUGAGGAGGUCACAAGUCUUCAAGAAAUAAUAAGGAUACUCAAGGGUCAAAUAAAAGAAAGGGAGACUGAGCUAGAAGGCCUAGAGAAUUCGUUCUGUGAGAAGGAUAAAGAAUUCACUACUAAAAUCGUCGACUUGGAAAGCCGGUUGGAAGAGCUUCAAAAGGGUUCUAAGUGUUUGGAAGGAUCCACGUUAGCAAAUGGUCAAACUGAUGAAAUUAGAACAGCCGGAGAAAGCGGGCAAAUCGAGCUUGAGGGUCUCUCAACUGAAUUGGCUGUAUUAAAGGAAAAGAAUGGGUUGAUGGAAAUCGAACUGAAGGAAAUGCAACAGAAAUACUCCGAGAUAAGCCUGAGGUUUGCAGAGGUUGAAGGCGAAAGGCAGAAGCUUGUCAUGACGGUUCGAUACCUGAAGAAUGCCAGGAAGAAAUGAAAACCGUUCUUUCUAAUUAUUCUUUUUUCUUUUUUUGGAUAGAGCAAUACGUAUACAAUGUACAGUUCCCUACAAGAACACAGCCAUCAGGUCGAAUGAGAGUAUUAUUCGCUACAAAAUCAUUCCUUUUGUUUGUUCUUGGGGUUACCAGUUUAGCCGUCUACGGGAUCAUUUUGGCUAGGUUUUCUGGGUGAAAUCUUAUCUAUGUCCAUGUGAACUUUAUCAUAAGUAAUAUAAUAUUUAUCUUUCUGGAUCA